CUGCUUCUACCUGGACGGUGCGUUUUGAUUUGCUCCACACAGACAGCUAUCGUCUUUUCCUUUCUCCUCUUCUCUCUCUCUCUCUUCCCCCAAAAGCAGAAGUAUUAUUAGCUCUCUCUCUUCGGUCUUUGAGAGCCGGAAGCCUUUCCUAGCAUCGCCGCUGAGUUUGGAUUCCUUCCUCUUUCUCUCCCCAAUUCGAGUAUUGUUCUUCGAUUCUCUUCUAAGAAGAUUUUCAAUAAUUAGGGUUUUGAUUUCCAGUCUGCUUGCCGUUACAUUACUGUACCCGCGCCGAUAAGAUUUGUUCUCCGAGUACUCGCCGCCCGAUUACUCCUUUGGAAUUAGGGUUUUUGGGGUUCAAUUUUUAGAGAAAUGUAUGCUGAUCGAGUGGAGGCUGAAACCAGGAGAUCGAUAAAGGAUCGUCUUAAUGGCAACUUCAGAGAUGACUCUUCUCGCCGCCGCCAAAUUACCGGAAAAAGGCAGAGGCAAGAUGACAAAUGGGAACAUGAUCUUUAUCAGGAUGGUGAACCUCAAGUUUCAAAUCACAAAGUUGAUGCUCGGGAUCUUCGAUUGAAGCUCCAAAGGAAAAGUCAACAAGCAUCUGAAAGUGGAAGAGGGUCUCAAUCAGGAGUAAGGGAUCUACGUGAAAAGCUAUCCGGCACUAUGCAUCCACAACCCAUGAAUUAUGAUCCACCAAAGCCUACACCAGAGGCUAGUAAACCUGCGAGGAAAAGUGUCGCCGUUCAAGCCUCCACCCUAGAGAGUAAAAAGGUUUCCAACGCAGCUGCUAAGAAGAAGGCUCCUCAGAAGGCAAGUUCAACAGUGGAUGAUUUUCUGCAGUCCUUGGGUCUUGAAAAAUAUUCCAUCACAUUUCAAGCGGAGGAGGUUGAUAUGACAGCUCUUGCACACAUGACAGAUGAAGACCUAAAGGCUAUCGGAAUACCAAUGGGCCCAAGAAAGAAGAUACUUCUAGCGUUGGAAUCAAGAACUUGAGAUUUGGAAUAUGCAAGUCGCACUUCUGUGGUUUGUGUUUUGAUUAGUAUGAGCCUGUACUUGGCUUUUUUCUUCCCAUUUCUUUUUCACUUUUUGGCUGUAUUGAUCGCAUUGGCUCUAACAACACAAUUCAUGUCAAACCACAACGGUCAGUGUUAAAUUGUUAGUUUGGAAUGGUUAGAAAAUUUUAAAGUUUUGGCAA